CUGAAACAAAACGCACCCAGGGAACCAGAUGAAUAAACGUAGAAUACUUUUGGAGGAUGGGACGGAAGUGUACAGCUGGGUGCGGUGUUUGUGGCCUGGUGCUCGGUCUUCUUGGGGCUCUUUCUCUCACUUUGUUCCAUUUAGUUGUCAAGUUUGAACUGGGGAAGCUGAUGCCCUUAAAAGUUGGGACAUUCGCGUACCCAUACUGGAAGAAGGCGCCAAUUCCAGUAUACAUGCAGUUCUACGUGUUUGACGUCAUUAACUCAGAUGAAGUGAUUGAAACAGGGGCCAAACCAUCUGUAUUGGAACGAGGACCGUACACAUACAGGUUGGAAAAGGAGAAAGUGGGCAUCAAAUACAACGACAACAACACCGUCACGUACCGACAGAUCACGUGGUACUACUUUGAACGAAACAUGUCGGUCGGCUACGACAACGAGACAUUUACGAACUUCAAUAUUCCAUAUUUGUCCGUGGCCUACUUGGUUCGGUUUGAAUACCCGUGGGUGCAGGAACUAAUAAACUACGCGCUGGCGAUUACGGGUGAGAACCUCUUCAAGGUGGUCAGCGUACAUGACAUUCUGUACGGUUACGAGGACCCCCUGCUGAAAUUCGUCUCUCAAGACAUCAUGGGCCUCUUCAACAUGAGUCAUUUUUUGGACCCCAAUUUUGGACUCAUGUACAAGUGGAAUGGAUCCGACGAUGGUGUUUACAACGUGUACACUGGAUCUGAUGACAUAUUUCGCGCGGGAUUCAUAGACAAAUGGAAUUAUUUCAAAACACUUUCUUUUUGGAGUGGAAAAUAUGCAAAUAUGAUCAAUGGCUCUGAUGGGGAGUUCUUUGGACCCUUUGUUGACUCGUCAAAAGAUAUGCUAUUCUAUUCGUCACAGGCAUGCAGAUCUCUGUUAGUGAAGUAUCAGUAUACACACAGUAUAAAAGGAAUCGACGUCUAUAGGUAUUUGCUUCCAGCGGACACCUUCGCCUGCCCGGCAGAAAAACCGGACAAUGUUGGCUUCUGCAGUCCUGAUUCUAACCACUGCAUGGCGUCGGGCGUACUGAAUGUCAGCGUAUGCAGAAAUGGUUCAUCAGGAACAUUAUCGUUUCCUCACUUCUUGGGAGCUGACCCGGAUGUUAUUCAUGGCGUCGAUGGUCUGCAUCCGAAUUCAGAGCAACACAGUUCCUUUAUAGAUAUAGAACCUACGACCGGCCUUCCGUUUCAAAUGGUCUUCCGCUUUCAAGUUGGAAUUCAUAUUACAAACAAUUCCAUUAUCAAGGGACUGCACAAUAUACGAUCUUUGCACAUGCCCAUUGUGUGGUUCAACGAGAGUGCGUAUAUUGAUGACGAUUUGGCCAACAAAUUUAAAGCAAGACUUGAACUACCAAUGAAUAUCGUCCACGUCAUGCAGAUUAUUUUGAUUAUCAUGGGAAGUCUCAUUCUAAUUGGCUCAGCGAUACGGUGGUUUCGAAAAUACAAAACAGUUGAAAAUGAUACGGAAGAGAAACCCUUAUUUACACCUGUCAGCUUGAAAAACGACUAAUUCGUAACAAUGUUAUAAAUAAAACUUAGGCUUCGUAUUCAUAAACGGACUUUAGUCAACUAAUGCUACUUAUCUACCUACUUAAGUAUAGAGAUAAGUAUCAUACGUUGACUUAAAUACGUUUAUGAAUAUGGAGCCACUGCUAUACUAGUGGUUCGUCCUAAACACAGAGGACUAUGUCAUGCUUUUGCUGAACCUGAAGAAAGGAAUUAAAAACACUACUUGUCUAAAGAAACUUCAGCACAUUUUAAACCACGGCUAUUUGGUGUCUAAGGUGGUUAUUUCUACACUAGGUCAAGCGAGAGAGAGAGAGAGAGAGAGAGAGAGAGAGAGAGAGAGAGAGAGAGAGAGAGAGAGAGAGAGAGAGAGAGAGAGAGAGAGAGAGAGAGAGAGAGAGAGAGAAAAGAGAGAGAAUAACAGCAAGGGAUAUCUGAUAGACAGGACAGUACAUAUCAUGACUUUUGAUGAUACCAGACAUGAGACACUGCUUAGAACGGGAGACACCAUUAUUAGUCCACCAAGAUCGAUGGAUAGUUCGAUGAUCUUUUGCACAUAAGGCGAGCGCUCUACCUCUUAAACUAUAUCCAUCCACUCAACAUGAUGAAUAUAAGAGAACUGCCCCAGAAAUAUUCACAUGGAACACAACCGGGUUUUUGUUCCAGCACAUGUGACAUGUAAAAGAAAGUAAACGCCCACCAUUGUUUCAGUAUACAUCAUGUUGGAUAUAUCGCGAGCGCUUACCCCACUGAACGCACGAUUAAUUGGUAUUCACCAUUCACUAUCCAUUUAUAACAUAUAAUUUACAGACAAUAAAAUAUGUAUUUACUUAAAA